UGAACGGCAGAAACGGAGCAAUAGCAGCUAGAGAAGUGUAGAGAAUUUUCGUGCGGGGAACCCCGGCCGUGGCGUGCGACGUGUGCCGCGGAUCCCUAGGGAGGGGAUUCCCUCCCCGGGUUACGGAGACUCGGGCAAGCGCAGGAUACACGCGGGAGCGGCGAUCGACUCGUGAGAACAAGUGCAAUACAAGUGUCGCACCGUUCAUCCCUUGGGAUAAUACCGAAGGUAGAAGAGCCAGAAGGGGGGGCGAGGAGCGUGUUUCCGUCUACCUUGUAUACGUGCAGUAAAAAAUUUUACGCUUUUAUUUAUCGUCAAUUUAUCGUCGAGCAAACAACUAAAGCGAGGAAAAUUUCAUUACAGAGACCUCGCGCAUCUUAUACGGAUGGAUAUAUACUACGGAACAAUGAAAGCCUCGCCUCGUAUAGUUUAUCCUGCAGAAGAUACACGAUCAGAGCGAGAGUAUACCCGUCGCGGGCGAAUUGUACACCGCGAGGAGAGGUGGUGGGUUUAACAUCUCCUCGUCCAGGCCGCUCGGCCAAGGUCUUGGCCUGGCCUUACACCGGGGCGCCUCUUACCUCGCGAUACUCGCCGUCGACCCCUGGGUCUGCCCGUCGGGGCACCGGGUCGGCCUCGCCGGCCACUUCCGGGUCGCGUGUCGCGGCCGCAGUCAAGAGCCGGAGGCCCCUCCGAUGGCGGGAAAAAGCGGCGAGAAAAAAUAAGGACGGAAGGACGGAACGGCCAGAGUCCAGGAGGAGGUACGUACCCUGCAUCGAGGAGACGAAGGAGCGGCGACAUCCCGGGAACCGGAAGUGAUUCGAGCAUGGACUACUCUUAUCUGAAUCAAGCAGCGGCUGCGGCGGCCGCCGGUUUCGAAGCCUCAAGUUGCGCCCUCGCUGCAAGUGAAAUGCAAUGCGGAUACGGAGACCUCAGCUCUUGCUCGCAGAUGAGCCAGGCCGCUUAUCGCUACACCGCGGCCAGGGCGGCCGGAUAUCCUGGCAACGCCGGGAACCCGGGAACCGGCGGUGCGAACCCCCUUGGGCCUCAUCACGGCGCUCAUCCUCAUGCCCACGGGCAUCACGGGGCCCACGCUACUCCGUGUUCGGUUAUGGCCGCCCGGAGUCAGGAUGUUCAUCGACACGCUGCCUCCAUAUUUCCGUCGGCGAUCAACCUUCAGGGUGGUUUGGGGUACAAGGCCUACCCGGGGCACGACGGACUCGCCGAAAAGAGGAAGCAGCGACGGAUACGAACGACGUUCACCUCGGCUCAGCUCAAGGAACUUGAACGUGCAUUUCAGGAGACUCACUAUCCGGACAUCUACACGCGGGAAGAAAUCGCGAUGAAGAUAGAUUUGACGGAAGCUAGGGUACAGGUUUGGUUCCAGAACAGACGUGCCAAGUUUCGGAAACAGGAACGUCUCGCUCAGCAGAAAUCAACCGGGCAAGGUGGAGUCGGGGGUGACAGCGGCGCCUCGAGCCCGGUAGCGGGAAGUGUCAAGACCGAGGGACGCUCCCCAAGGAGCCCGGCAACUCCGCCGGUGAAUUCAAACAGCGUCCACUCAACCGCGGAGGUUAAAACGAUCUCGAAUUCGAAUUUGGGAAAUUCGAAACAGUCGAACGACGGAACUGGAAAUUUGCAGUCCUCGCCGAUCGUUCGUAGCGGUGGCGGGGGUGGUGGUGGGGGCGGGGGCGGCGGGGGAUGGGGAUCCUGCAGCCCGAGGCCGUUCUCCGCAACCCUGCCACCCUACCUCCUGGAUCCACUCCCUCUAAAAACUGCAAAUCUUUACUAAUCCAAGAUCUACCGGCGAGGUGUAAUCGUAACGGUUUUUGUAAAUAGAUGUAACAUGGUGAACUCCGGGAUGAAGGAUCAGAGACGGUUGUCGGGGGUGGAUACACGACGUUUGUUGCCUGAAAAUUUCACACAGAAUCGCGAUCCUUAACUCGAAUGAAAUAAUACUGGCGUUCAAUUACACUGUCCGAUACUCAUUUUGCAUCGCUGAUAGACGUUCGCGGUGACGGGGAAAAGAUUAGAAACAGAGUGCACGGAAGUUGCGACGCUUCGUUAAACUCGGAGAAGUGCUCUUGGUAAGUAUCGUCGACGAUUCAACCGAGGAACUUGUGAACCUACGGUAUUCUCUUUUCUACGUGAAAACUUUACUCCGAACCCCAUGCAUCGUGGGUAGUCGCUUCUCUUUGCAGUCAUACCGCGACUUUCCCUCUCUGGGGUCAGGCUACGCCACCACGUGGCUUGUUUCACUUUUCGAUUCUCUCUCCCUCCCUGGUUCAAUCGCUUGAGUGAACAGUAACCCUGACGGUUUAACCGCAUAACACUGCACAGACACUGCAGCAGACUCCAUAAAGCUGUCAUGCCCCUAAACCCAGACCCAGUUCGGUGCGAACGACGGGUAUGUGUUUAUAUUUGCAAAGGCUGAGCAUUGAUCGCUCGAGGAACCGGUUCAAUACCAUUUAAAACACGUUUCAUUGAGGGGAGUCAAUGAUUUUACAUCACUCUUGUACCUACUAACAAGCGGUGUUUCAUCUUUCAAUCUACAAAUUAUGCGUUCGAAUUUCAAUACCAAUUAUUUCGACAUUCGGAUCUUUGAGCGGAAAACUUCCUUCCAGCCAAUUGUUAAGGCUAACAAUAAUGAGCCGUCCAUCGGUCGAUCGGUUGAUCACGAAAUUCAGCUGCGGUUGUAGAUCGUUAAAUUAAUUUCGAUGUUUCACACUUUUCACGGUCUUACAACUUCCCUGCGGAAAAUAUCGCUCGGGUCUACCGUUUGUUGGAAUAAACGUGCACGAUUAUAGAGACUUGUGGUUUCCAAUUUCGCGUGCAAUCCGUACAACUUAGAUUGCACGUAAUACGCAGUUCCUUGCGGGUAACUUUGGUAACUAAUGCGCUUAAGCGUAUACAUGUAUAAUAUAGACGCAGUGUUCGAAUGAAAAUAAAUCGCUCAAACUUACCGUCUGUCUCUAACACGAUAAUUGGACCGGGUUUGUAAAACGGAGACAGUCUUCGUUGUUAGAAGCAAUAAAAGCCUACCUUCCGAGUCAAAAUUGAUACCGAAAUCAAAUCGCAGUUAUGUAUUUAUUCGAAUCUUAGACGAAAGAAUCAAUAUCCUCAACAACUGAUAGUUGCAGAAGAUUUCAAUGAUCGUCAUUACGGCAAUCGAUCACUUGAUCUGGCAACCGACUCUGAACAAUCCUGCAGAAUGAUUCCGUAAUAAAUUAUUGUUAAGAAUAAAUAUUACUAUAUCAUUAUGUGUGACUGGAACUUGUACAGUUGUUGCUAUAAAUAUAUAAAAUUAGUGUUUUACACCACAUCC